UCUGCUGCUCGUGCUGCAGUUUCUGCUGCUCGUGCUGCAGCUCCUGCUGCUCUUGCUGCAGUUUCUGCUGCUCUUGCUGCAGUUUCUGCUGCUCUUGCUGCAGCUCCUGCUGCUCGUGCUGCAGUUUCCGCUGCUCUUGCUGCAGCUCCUGCUGCUGCUGCUGGAGCUCCUGCUCCUGCUGCUGAAGCUCCUGCUGCUGCUGCUGAAGCUCCUGCUGCUGCUGCUGAUGCAGCAGUUGCUGCAGCAGCAGUUGCUGCU